GUGUGUGCGCGUGUGUGUGUGUGGUCAGAUGCGCUGGUUUCGUGGCAGCGAGGCGAUCAUGUUUAAAGCCUCCAUGUUGUAUCAUCGCUUUAAAAACAUCUACCUCAUCGGAGACGCCGACGAGACUCUGAGUCAGGAGUACAUCGACUCGCUGCAGGAGGAGAGCGAGACAGACGCCGGAGCAGCCGUCAGUCUGACGAACGUCUGCGAAGAGACCCGAGAUACGAAAGAAGCGCCUCAAACCACCGAACACGUGCCUCACAGUGCGGACCGGAGCUGACACGAGGACACCGCCGGAGUUCAAGUCCUGCUUUUAUUGUUGUGUUGUUAUUCUGGAAUCUGGCUUUUUAUCCGCCGUCGGAGAGAGUUUUAUGCGAUCGCGCUGAUAAGAAGAGCGUCUUGGCCGAUUCCUCGUGAGGAUUUAGUGUAAAUCACAGGGUGUUUCAGCAGCUCUUCUUGGAGCUUUGCCGUCAGGUUUCGUGUCACAGAUGAAUCCCAAUGCCUUGACGUCAGUGCUUUUUGAUACUUCAGACAGGUGUCGUUCUGCAGGAAAAGAGAGAGAGGCACGAAUAAAGGUGAAGUCUGAUUUGAUUCUGAUGCUGACUGACAGGUCAGAUUUAUGCCUUUCCUUUUCUCUCAGAGCAUUAAAUCACAUCAGCAGUGAACUUACAGACUUCAGGUGUGUUUUACAAUCACGCUACAGUUAAGCUCUGAACUAUUUGAGGGACAUUUGCCUUAAAUAGUGUCUGAAAAUACAGCAAAUCUAGUUCGACGCACCCUAGACGGAUGUUUGUCAGAUGUGACACUAUCAAGUACAUGUUAAACCUGAGCAUUAAACUGUUGUGUGUUUGCACACAGGGCAGCUACAUUCUAAUCAUACAGUAAACACACACUAGCGAGUCUGUAUCACGCACACUAUAUCUGCUAAUAUCACACACGCUGUCUUUAAUGAAUGCAUUCAGCCGUAACACGCACGUUCCGACGCCCCGAGAUCUGUAUUAUAAAGCACUCGCAUGUGCUACCUGUGUGAAUACGCAUUAAACUGAUCUUCAGUA